GCCCACAAUAUUAGAGCUAGAGCCACAGGUACUCUCUCACUCUCUCUCUCUCUCAUGAAAAAUACCUUUUCAGCUUACCUCCUUUUCCGCUCUAUUUUUUCCCUCUCUUUUCUUCUACCAAGUAAUACUACUUCUCCCAAAAUUCUACUUUUCUUGGACCUUUUGAAUUCUCUUAUUGUCUCUUCUACGUCUUACCCAAUAUUUUCCCCCCUCUUUCUUUUAUGUCUUCUCUCUCUAACCCUAAUUUCUGAUUCAUAGUCCCACUUUCCCCCAUAGUCUGUGAAAUUGAAGUUGAACUAAUAUGAUGGGCGGAGAAGAAGAAAUUGAGAUUUUACCGGAACCUGAAUUAGCAGUAAACUUGAAAGAUAUUUUGAGCAACGAUGCGAAAUAUAACAAAAGGGAUUAUUACAAAGAUGAUAUGCCAUUAAUGGAGGUUUAUAAGAGGAAGAGUAAGGAUAAAUUACGAAAUGUAAUUCCUGCCAAAACAGAGAAAAAAUGUGCAGAUUUUGAAGGAGAAAUUGAGAAGGAGAGAGAAAUGGGUUGUAAAGACAUUGAGAAAAUUAACCCAGAAAAUAGAAGUGAAGACCCUAAAAAGAAGAGUAUUGUCAUUGAUGAUGAGGAAUUACUUAAAGAAGAUGACAUUACCCAUGAAAAAGAUGAAAAUUUAAGUGGGAGAAAAAGGCGCAAAUGCUCUAAGAGGGUGAAAUAUUUUGAAGAUAGCGAAGAAGCUCUUCCACAUUUUGAGGAAGAGAAGAUGAGUACAAAGAAGCCAAGAGGCAAGGCCGCUGCUUCAAAGAGUGGUGGGGGUAAAGUUAAAGUGGUUGUUAAUAGGGCAAAGGAGGAUGAUGACGGUGGUACUACUUCAAGGAGGCAAAGGAAUUCUAAAGCUCCUAUUCCUGUGAAGAAGUCUAAGAUAAAUGAUUAUGCAUAUGAUGAGAACGGGAUUAAGAUUGAUUCAGAUAUGUGUCAUCAAUGCCAAAGGAAUGACAAGGGGAGAGUUGUGAGGUGUACAAGUUGCAAGACUAAACGAUAUUGCAUUCCCUGUAUAGGAAACUGGUAUCCAAGGAUGUCGGAGGAGCAGAUUGCUCAAGCUUGUCCAGUUUGCCUUGGUAACUGCAAUUGUAAAUCGUGCUUGCGCAUGGAUGCACCAAUUAAAAAUUUGAGGAAAGAUGUUUUGGAGAUUAGCAACGAAGAAAAGGUUUUCCAUACAAAAGUUUUGCUGAAGACAGUUUUACCGUCUUUGAAGCAGUUCAAUGAGGAGCAGAUUAUGGAAAAAGAAAUUGAGGCCAAAAUCAGGGGUGUAUCAAUAUCUGAAGUGGAACCUCAAAUGGCAGUUUGUGGUGUUGACGAGCGUGUUUUCUGCAACCACUGCAAGACGUCUAUUGUUGAUUUUCACAGAAAUUGCCCCAAGUGUGCUUAUGAUUUGUGUCUUUUGUGCUGUCGUGAAAUUCGUGCUGGGGAGCUUCAAUGUUGUGAAGAAGUUAUUGUGGAAUAUGUUGACAGAGGAUAUAAGUACUUGCAUGGGGAGGAAGAUAGUAAUGGUAAAAAUGUCCGUGCUCAAUCAGAUAGGUGUACUAAAGGCAAAAAUGGACGUAAAAAGUCAAAUAGAGCUUCUACAGACAAAGAGGCUGCUGCUGUUGAUAAGGAAAGACCUGCUUGGAAAGCAGAUGUAAAGGGAAAUAUACCUUGCCCUCCAACUGAAUAUGGGGGUUGCGGUGAGGCCUUCCUUGAAUUGAAAACUUUACUGCCUGAUGGAAAGGUUUCUGAGCUGCUGAAGAAAGCAGAAUUGAUAAUUGACGAAGGGGGGCUUGAGAGUUUACCUCUUGUUCCUAAUCAAUGCUUAUGUUUCGAUCGUGAAAUGGAUCAAGACUCUGGAAGUAAUGUGCGGAAGUGUGCAUGUAGAAAAGGGUCAAAUGACAAUUUCAUAUAUUGUCCAGAUGCCAGGGACAUUCAACGUAAAGAUUUAGAACACUUCCAUCAGCAUUGGGCCCGAGGUGAACCGGUAAUAGUCAGGAAUGUUCUAGAGACUACCAAUGGCUUAAGUUGGGAGCCAUUGGUCAUGUGGCGUGCUGUCCGUCAAAUUAAGAAUACUAAACAUUCUACGCUGCUGGACGUGAAAGCCAUUGAUUGUUUGGAUUGGUGUGAGGUUGAUGUUAAUGUUCAUCAAUUUUUCAAAGGGUAUACGGAAGGUAAAUUUGACAAAAAUGACUGGCCUGUGAUAUUGAAAUUAAAAGAUUGGCCUGAUACUAGUGAGUUUGAAAAGCAUUUGCCACGCCAUGGUGCUGAAUUUAUUACUGCUUUACCAUUUAAAGAGUACACACAUCCCCGACAUGGCGUAUUGAACCUUGCUGCUAAGUGGCCUUCAAAAAGAUUGAAGCCAGACUUGGGCCCAAAGACUUAUAUUGCUUAUGGUCUUCCUCAAGAAUUGGGUCGUGGUGACUCUGUCACCAAACUUCAUUGUGAUAUGUCUGAUGCGAUUAAUAUUCUGGCACAUACUGCUGAAGUUGAAGUGCCUAACAAAAGUCGUGAUGCCAUAUCUGAGAAGAAAAAAAAGCAUUCUGCUCAAGACCAGAAGGAGAUAUUUGGUGGUGGAUGUAAAACAUGGAGCAAAUCUCCACCUCAUACUAAUAGUUCAUUCUCUGAUAAGAUGAUUUCCACUUCUGUGCAAUACCAAAAGGGGGAUGGCGGUGAAGCAGAGGGUGUCACAGAUUUUAAAGUAGAACAAACGCUUGAUGAGCUGACUUUGAGCUAUGAGCUGAAGAACGAUGAUCCUCAUUGUUCCUUAAAAUAUGAGGCUGUAGGCUGUGUGCAUGCAGAGUCUAUAAGAUCUAUUACUGGUGAGCUUGAUGAACCUGAGGUACAGAAACAAGAUGAUGGUGUUGUGGUAAAGGAUGAAAGUGAAUGUUUUGGGAUAAAUGAUGUGGUUGAUAAUGAACCUCCUUGCACACAAUAUGAUGCUGACCUGAUAAAAAAUACAGAUGUUUCAGCUGAAACAGCUGUGAAGAUAGAAGUCGAGACCACUAUGAAGAGUAAGUUUGACAAGCAAGUUGAGAAUCGGCAAACCAUAUCGUGUAUAAAUUAUAAAAAAGAAGCCAAGCCUUCUACUGAAAAGGAUAUCUGUGGUGCUGAAAAAGAUUCCAGUGGUUUGUGCAACACCAAAACUGCACCGAACAAUAAUUCAUCAAAUAAAAAUGGUUUGAAUGACUGUGAUCUAGUUUGUAAAGCAGAGACUGUAAAUGACGGAAAUGUCAAGGGCUUAGAAGAGAUUAUGGAUUCAGGUCAUGCAGAUGUUAUGGAAGCACAAGUAUAUUCUGAUAAAGGCAGUGGCAAUGGAACUUUAUAUCCUAUAUCUAGGAUAUUGGAAAGUUCACAACAUGGAGGUGCUCUCUGGGACAUUUUUCGUAGAGAAGAUGCCCUGAAGCUGCAAGAAUAUUUGAGGGAACAUUAUAAGGAAUUCAGGCACAUUCAUUGCAAUCUGCUAAAACAGGUCAGUCAUCCUAUUCAUGAUCAGACGUUCUACUUGACAGAGGAGCAUAAAAGAAGACUAAAGGAAGAGUAUGGCAUUGAGCCAUGGACAUUUGUUCAGAAUCUUGGAGAAGCAGUCAUCAUUCCAGCUGGAUGUCCUCAUCAAGUCAGAAACUUGAAGUCAUGCAUAAAAGUGGCGCUGGAUUUUGUGUCUCCUGAGAAUGUGGAAGAGUGUAUCCGGCUGGCUGGGGAAUUCCGCAUUCUGCCUCAAAAUCACAGAGCAAAGGAGGACAAGUUGGAGGUGAAGAAAAUGAUUGUUUAUGCUGUGGAGCAGGCUAUCAAAGACCUAGAUCUUAAAAAUCAAGACUCCAGUAAUUGCAAGGGUGGGAGAGGAAGCAGCAUGGGUGGGAAAAGGACAAAGGUUACUACAGAAAUCUUGGAGACUGUGGAGGAGAAUGACGAGGCAGAAAAAUCUUUGAAGACUGAGUCAGAGACUGGCGAAGAUUUAGCUGUGUGAGCACGAGUCGGACACUGAGCGAUCUUAGUUAUGAUCCAGGUUUGAGCCAAGGAUGCUCAAUCUUAUUAAUAACUGAAAAAUCUUGUAUUUUGCUGUAUAUUUACCUGGUGGGAGGUAUAUAUAUAUAAUGGAAUGUUAAUUGCAAUUUUGGGGCAUGGCUGAAGAUUCUAACCAUUUUGUAAAGCUGAUUGUAAUUGGUAUAAUCUAAUUCCUGUAUUGAUUUUGUUCUUUUGAAGACUUGCUAAUGUAAUACCUGCUGCCAGGCUUUACUUCAACAUAAUGAUAAAUGAUGGUUCCAUAUUUAGUCCCUUGAACUGCACACUUUCUAGUGAACAUUCCACUUGUUCUUUUAAAUUAAGUU